AUGGGCAAGCUAGACCAGCUUUACGACCAGAUCAUACCCAGCAAGACCAGCUCAAUUUUCAGCUGGAUUGUUACAGCAGGGGUGUUCCCGCUUUCUUCCCAGAUCGUGUUCUACGAGGACAAGAACUUCCAGGGCCGCCGCUAUGAGUGCGACAGCGACUGCACGGACUUCCACUCCUACCUGAGCCGCUGCAACUCCAUCCGCGUGGACGGCGGGGCCUGGGUGGUGUACGAACGGCCCAACUACAUGGGCUACCAGUACGUGCUGACCCGCGGAGAGUACCCCGACUACCAGCGCUGGAUGGGCCUCAACGACCGCCUCUGCUCCUGCAAGAUGAUCCACUUCGCUAGCGGGACUCAGUACAAGAUCCAGCUGUACGACAACGCCGACUUCGCGGGCCAGGCCUUCGAGGCGACGGACGACUGCCCCUCCAUCCUGGAGCGCUUCCGCUCCCGGGAGGUCCACUCCUGCAAGGUCCUGGAGGGCGUGUGGGUCUUCUACGAGCACCCCAACUACCGCGGCCGCCAGUACCUGCUGGAGAAGGGCGAGUACCGCAAGCCUGUGGACUGGGGCGCAGUGUGCGCCACGGUCCAGUCCUUCCGCCGCCUCACCGAGUGAUCUGCGCCAUCCUCCUCCUCCUCCUCCUCUUCCUCCCUCCCUCCUCCCACGCCCUGUUCCCUCUCCCUGAGGUGAAAUCGCUCUCGGUCGCCCGA